AGGAGGAAGCGGGCUGACGGCGGCUGUGGCGGCUGUGGUGGCUGUGGUGGGGCUCGGGGUGGGCGCCACGGUCCCGGCCGAGGAGUGAGGCGCGGGCGGCCGGGCCGGUGGGCUGGGCGGCGGGCCCGGCGGCCGCCCCUGCGCCGUGGCCCGCGCCUGGCGGCCCGAUGUGGCUGCAGCAGCGGCUUAAGGGACUGCCGGGGCUGCUGUCGAGCAGCUGGGCCCGCCGCCUCCUCUGCCUGCUCGGCCUCCUGCUGCUGCUGCUCUGGUUCGCGGGCUCCGGGGCGCGGCGGGCGGCGGGCGGCCUGUACCUGCCGCCCUGGGCCCGCGGCGAGCCGGGCGCGGCCGAGCCGUCCGCCUGCCUGGAGGCGGCCACCCGCGCCUGGCGCGGCCUCCGGGAGCGAGGCGAGGCCGUGCCGCUGGGCCCCGGAGUGCCGGCGCUGGUGGCCAACGGCUUCCUGGCCCUGGACGUGAACGCCAACCGCCUGUGGGUGACCCCCGCGGAGCGAGAACCCGCCGUGACGCCGGACUUCGUGCCCUUGGUGCAGCUGCGGCCGCUGAGCGCGCUGGCCGAGGCCGGGGAGGCGGUGCUGCUGCUGCGAGAGGGCCUUCUACGCCGGGUGCGGUGCCUGCAGCUUGGGGCGCCCGGUGCUGGCCCUGCGGGGGCAGUGCCCGGGCCCGCCUCAGCCUCCGGCCUUGCGGCAGGCUCUGGCCGUGACUGCGUGCUGCUGCAGGAGGACUUUCUGGCACACCGGGGCCGACCCCACGUCUAUCUGCAACGCAUCCAGCUCAACAACCCCACGGAGCGCGUGGCCGCGCUGCAGACCUUGGGGCCCACCGCGGGCCCUGCGCCCAAGGCCUUCGCCAGCACUUUGGAGAAGGUGGGAGACCAUCAAUUUCUCCUCUACUCGGGCCGGUCCACGCCCUUGCCCACAGGGCAGGUGCACCUGGUGGUAGUAGCCGCCAAGAAGCUAGUGGACCGCCUGCAGGUGGCCCCCAAGACGCAGCUGGACGAGACGGUGCUGUGGGUGGUACACGUGUCGGGCCCGCUCAGCCCCCAGGUCCUGAAGAGCAGAGCGACCAAGGAGCUCAAGGCGCUGCAGGACCUAGCGCGGAAGGAGAUGCUGGAGCUCCUGGAGAUGCAGGCGGCCGAGCUGCUGCAGGACCACCAGCGCCUGUGGGGGCAGCUCUUCAGCUCAGGAGUGGAGAUGAAGAAGAUCACGGAUGCCCACACACCCUCCGGCCUCACCGUGAACUUGACCCUGUACUACAUGCUCUCCUGCUCCCCAGCCCCGCUGCUCAGCCCCACCCUGAGCCACAGGGAGCGUGAGCAGAUGGAGUCGACGCUCAGCUAUGAAGACCACUGCUUCAGCGGCCACGCCACCAUGCACGCCGAGAACCUGUGGCCUGGCCGCCUGGCCUCUGUGCAGCAGAUUCUGCAGCUGGCCGACCUGUGGAAGCUGACUCUGCAGAAGCGCGGCUGCAAGGGGCUGGUGAAGGUGGGUGCCCCGGGCAUCCUGCAGGGCAUGGUGCUCAGCUUCGGGGGGCUACAGUUCACCGAGAACCACCUCCAGUUCCAAGCCGACCCCGACGUCCUGCACAACAGCUAUGCACUGCACGGCAUCCGCUACAAGAAUGACCAUAUCAACCUGGCCGUGCUCGCGGACACUGAGGGUAAGCCCUACCUGCACGUGUCUGUGGAGUCCCGCGGCCAGCCCGGCAAGAUCUACGCCUGUGAGGCUGGCUGCCUCGACGAGCCGGUGGAGCUGACCUCCGUGCCCGGGGGCCACAUGUUCUCGGUCAUGGUGACGCAGCCCAUCACGCCACUGCUGUACAUCUCCACCGACCUCACGCACCUGCAGGACCUGCGGCACACGCUGCACCUCAAGGCCAUUCUGGCCCACGACGAGCACAUGGCCCAGCAGGACCCCGGGCUGCCCUUCCUCUUCUGGUUCAGCGUGGCUUCCCUCAUCACCCUCUUCCACCUCUUCCUAUUCAAGCUCAUCUACAACGAGUACUGCGGGCCUGGAGCCAAGCCUCUCUUCAGGAGUAAGGAAGAUCCCAGUGUGUGAGAGAGCCGACAGCCUGCUCACGGCCACCCUCGGCCCAGACACCCAGUGCCGAGCGCCCUGCUGCUGCAACAAGGGAGCCUUUGGGAGCACCCACCCUUUGUGCCUUGUUGGGGGACCCAGUGCUGUAGACCGAUGUGCGGAGAGUCAGCUGGGGGAGCGGGGGAGGGGCCGGUGGCCUUCUGUGCACUUGCGACUCAAUAAAGUGAACUGAUAUGGAAAAUACUUGAACUUGAACUCCCUCCUUCCCCGUGUCCCCUGCUUCUGCCCUGGGAAGUAGACCUUCUUUGGGGAGACUCUGGCCUGGAAAUGGUUGUUCUUCUAAUUUAAUGUGCCCCUUCCUGAAUGAACUUCUAAUUUAUUUUGUGGAGAUGUUGCUGGUGGCGUUGGCGGCCACUGUGGGUGCCGGGUGCUGGUCGUGACCUCUCGUGGCCCCACACGGCCCCGGGACUGCCGGCCUCGGGUUUGCACGUGGUCUCCUUCCUAUGAGCCUUGGGUUUUGUACUUUGGGGCUUUGGGGAGCUGUUUAACCUUCUAGGCAUUGAUGAUUGUUGGGUUUUGAAAUACCAAAGCUUUUUUGGUUUUGUUCUGUUCUGUUUUUAAAUAAAGAUCUGUCAAACUUCCAA